CCGGGCCAGUUGUUAUAACAUAUUUAUCUAUAUAUAAGCCCAAUGUUCCCUACAUUUCGACUACGAAUGAACAUAUAAAGACAGAGACAUCUUCGUUUUCUUUCUGAUUCUUUCUAUUCUUUCAUUAUAUUCAUUCUCACUUUGAAACAAAGCUUCGUGGAUAUCUCUGCUGCUCCAAUGGGAAGAGCAGCCUAUUUGGUUGUUGCUUGUUUGGCUCUAUUGAAUGUAUAUCUGGUGCAAGCAGAGGAUGCUUACAGAUAUUACACGUGGACUGUCACUUAUGGAACGGCUUCUCCUCUGGGUGUCCCUCAACAGGUCAUCCUCAUCAACCGCCAAUUUCCUGGUCCUAGACUUGAUGUUGUCACCAAUGACAACAUCAUCAUCAAUGUUUUUAACAAGCUAGAUGAGCCCUUUCUCUUGACAUGGAAUGGAAUAAAGCAGAGGAAGAAUUCGUGGCAAGACGGUGUGCUAGGGACUAAUUGCCCUAUCCCGCCCAACUCGAACUUCACCUACAAGUUCCAAACAAAAGAUCAGAUUGGAACGUACUCAUACUUCCCAUCAACCCUCAUGCACAGAGCUGCAGGAGGGUUUGGAGGGCUAAAUGUCUAUGCAAGAUCUGUGAUCCCUGUACCAUAUCCUAAACCCGCUGAGGAUUUCACUUUACUUAUUGGUGAUUGGUACACUGCCAAUCAUAAGGAGUUACGCCAGUAUUUGGAUUCAGGGAAAUCUCUUCCCUUUCCUAAUGGCGUUCUCAUAAACGGGCAAACUCAAUCCACCUUUACUGGUGAUCAAGGCAAAACUUACAUGUUCAGGAUUUCAAAUGUGGGAUUGUCAACCUCCUUCAACUUUAGGAUUCAGGGCCACAAGAUGAAGCUAGUUGAGGUUGAAGGAUCUCAUGUUAUUCAGAACACAUAUGAUUCUCUAGAUGUUCAUGUUGGCCAAUCGUUGUCAGUCCUAGUUACGCUGGAUCAGACUCCGAAAGACUAUUAUAUUGUUGGAUCUACUCGUUUUACAAAGCGUGUUCUCACAGCUACGGCAGUGCUACACUACUCAAAUUCUCACGCCCCAGUUUCUGGACCUGUGCCUGCUGGUCCGACUUACCAAGUACACUGGUCUAUGAAGCAAGCCAGAACCCUGAGGUGGAACUUGACAUCAAAUGCAGCCAGGCCCAACCCCCAGGGAUCAUUCCAUUAUGGAAAGAUUACAACAACAAGGACACUUGUGCUGGCCAAUUCAGCACCCCUAAUCAAUGGGAAACAACGAUAUGCUGUUAACAGGGUCUCCUACAUUAAUUCAGAUACCCCUCUGAAGCUUGCUGAUUACUUUAACAUCCCUGGGAUCUUCAGCAUGGACUCCAUCCAAGGCCUUCCCUCUGAAGGCCCGGCUUUCAUAUCCACAUCUGUUGUUCCCUCCUCCCUCCAUGACUUUAUCGAAGUUGUAUUCCAAAACAAUGAAAAAACCAUUCAAUCUUGGCAUCUUGAUGGCUAUGAUUUUUGGGUUGUGGGUUAUGGCUUCGGACAGUGGACUAACGCCAGCAGAAAGGCCUACAAUCUAGUCGAUGCUCUUACAAGACAUACUGCACAGGUAUACCCGAACUCUUGGACUGCCAUAUUGGUCUCCUUGGACAAUCAGGGCAUGUGGAAUAUCAGGUCUGCAAUGUGGCCAAGGCAAUAUCUAGGACAGCAAUUCUAUCUGAGAGUCUUCAACCCAAUCCACAGCCUUAAAAACGAAUACAACAUUCCUUCUAAUGCUCUUCUUUGUGGCAAAGCUGUUGGUCGGCACCUUUGAUUCGGUUAUUUCUUCUGUAUUCUGUCAGUCAUGAGAGUUUGGCUGCAAGAGAAGACAGGAGGAGGAGGCGGAGGAGGAAAAAUUCUAAUUUUUUUUUUUUCUGCUUAAUCUUAGAGAAAAUAGCCAAAGUUUCUGGGUGUUGUCCUGUUUCCACCAGUUGUAUUUAAUCUCGUUGAAAGUCGAUAUUCAUCUUGAUGUACUUUCAACGGCAACAGUUGGGAGGGAAUGAAUAUCAAAAUUCCAUGAUUUCUGUAGCCCAAAAAUAAAAUUGUCACAGCUCAGAACUGCGGUGGCAGAAGGAUCUUAAUUUAAAACAUCAAAAAUAGAAUAAA